UAACGUGAAUAAAGGUUAUAAAGGCCAUGAUUUCAUCAUAAUUGUUUUGGUAAAAUAAAGUUGUGUAUUUUGCAAUAAUGGACAAAGAUAAAAGUGCUCAUUAUACGGAGAAGGAGAAGAUGCUUUUGGCGCAGCUUAUUUCAGAAGAAAAAGCUAUAGAAAACAAAAAGACCGGUGCGACAGAUCUAAAAGAGAAAGCGGAAGCGUGGGAGAGAGUAACCAAAAAAUAUGCUAGUCAAGGAUUUACACCUCGCACCAGCAAACAAUUAAAGAAAUGUUGGAAUAAUAUGAAACAAAGAAAACGAAAAUUAAGCACGACGUUCCGGCAUGAACGGCUUAUGACAGGUGGAGGUCCUGCGUCAGUACAGCCGAAUGAUCCAGUGAUGGAAUUUAUGGAUGCAACCAAUCAAAACUUAGAUGUAGAAAUUGCUUGUGCAUUUGAUAGCACUGCAGUAUUUGAAAAAGAAUAUAAUGUAAAGACGGAUUGUAAGUCUACGAAAGGAACAUACAUCAUCCAAGAUGAAAGUGAGAAUGAAGAGGAAAAUGUUAUCAAUACAAUUGAUAUAUAUGAUCACAGCGUUCCAGCUAUUUCUCAUAACACACCAUUGAAAAAGAGGACAACUUCAAAUAUUAAAAACAUAAACAACAUUCGUGACGAGAAGGAAUUAAGAAUAAUAAAAAUAAGAGAAGCAAUCGAGCAACAGAGGGAGCUUCAUGCUGCCAAAAUGAAGAUUGCUGAAAAAGAGGAGAAGAUCGUCCUAACAUGA